UAGACAUACUUUUCUCGUACUCGAAAAAAGAAACAAUUAAAAAUGUCUGGAAGAGGAAAAACUGGAGCAGGUAAGGCCAGAGCUAAGGCCAAGACCCGUUCAUCUCGUGCCGGGCUUCAGUUCCCCGUCGGCCGUGUUCACAGGCUGCUGAGGAAGGGCAACUACGGUGAGCGUGUCGGUGCCGGAGCCCCCGUCUACCUGGCGGCGGUGCUGGAGUACCUGACCGCUGAGAUCCUGGAGCUGGCCGGCAACGCCGCCCGCGACAACAAGAAGACCAGGAUCAUCCCCCGGCACCUGCAGCUCGCCGUCCGCAAUGACGAGGAGCUCAACAAGCUGCUGGGCGGAGUCACCAUCGCUCAGGGCGGUGUGCUGCCCAACAUCCAGGCGGUGCUGCUGCCCAAGAAGACCGAGAAGCCCGCCAAGAAAUAAACACCCGAAGUAACCCCACAACGGCUCUUUUAAGAGCCACACACCUCCAACUAAAGACCAGCUUCCCUUAUGUUUCGAUAACAGAAGAUCACAUCCAAAUAAUUAUGACAACAUGUUAUAUUUUCUAAUCUUGUUAGUGAUUUAAGAGACAUUUAACAACUGCUUACCUUACUCCAAAUAUAAGUAUAAUUUACAAUUAUGUUUACCUACUAUUUUAUAGGAGGAGGUGGAAAAACAUCAAACUUAGAGCCAGAUAGUCAAUAAACAGUGUUUUUUUUUUUUUUUUUUUGGGGUUGUAUUCUCAUUGUUGAAUGCCCUUAGUCUAAGUUAUCUAAAUGCACAGUGACAAUACAAAUCAACUUAUGUAGUACUGAAAGUGUACAAGCAAAACUUACACUACAA